CUCAACAGGCCAUCCGAUAAUUCCACGACCAUCAAGAUGAAGUGCACUUCCCUUCUCGCCCUUUUGGGCGCCAGCCUGGCCACCGCCCAGUUCACAAACCAGACCGAGCCCUUUUGGCUUAAGUUCACACCUCGCAACAGCAGCUCUGACGAAACCUACCUCACAUCUUGCCAUUCGGGCGCCGCCCAAGCUGGCCUCUGUCCGGAGAGCCAAAGCCCCGCCACGCACACGCAGUACUUCCUCAAUGAGACCCAAACCAACUUCCGGGACUACGCCCUCGGUGCCCUGACCUGGAAUCAGCCCUUGGGUAGCGCGGGCUCAGUCUCUUCCGGCAUGGAGCUCAACCUGCAGCUCGUCUCCAACGGCGCCAUUCCCAUCUUCUCGCCCGGCAACGGAGCUCUGUUCAAUCUAGGUUUCGACGAGAACGAGAAGCUCUUCAUCCAUUCCCGCGCCGACGACUCCAGGGCCACACCUAACGACCCUCACUUCUCCGAGGAGGUGUAUUACCGCUGGCACAUCUGUUGGACGUUUGUUGGCAACUACUACUACAAGUCUCUUGUCUGGAUCACGGCCGGUGCUGCGUCCAACCCUACCUGUGCCGCCGUCGAUGUUUAUAGAGAAUGGGCUUCGUCUUCCUGAAUAUUUUCGGUUCUACUGCCGGUCGUGACACGAGUACGGCCAUAAUGCCUUCAGCUAGAACCCCGGAUUCGUCUCUAGCUCUGCUUAGAGAUCAAGCCCAGCCUCACCAAUCACGAAACAUACAACCCACCACCACUCCUCGUCUGAGAGUUUCAAGGCUCCGUGGCUGGGGAUAUCAAACCUCACAAUACCUAAUAGUA